AUCAUUCGAUGACGUGAGCACACGUGUCGUAAGCAGCCAUUUUGAAACAGCGUCGGUCGCCGGAAAAAAAUAUCCGAGUUAAAACUUAAAUAUCUGCAAAAAACAGAAGUUACAAUGGCGGAAAAUGCAGGUGAUGAUCUAGCCACAGCCAUCCUGAAAAAGAAGGACAGGCCAAACAGACUUUUGGUAGAAGAAGCCAUCAAUGAAGACAAUUCUGUUGUAUCACUUUCACAGGCCAAAAUGGAUGAGCUACAGUUAUUUCGUGGUGACACAGUCCUCCUAAAGGGAAAGAAAAGAAGAGAGACAGUUUGUAUUGUAUUGUCUGAUGAGACAGUCAGUAAUGAAAAGAUCAGAAUAAACAGAUGCGUGAGGGCCAAUCUCAGAGUUCGAUUAGGAGAUGUUGUAAGCAUCCAAGCCUGUCCAGAUGUGAAGUAUGGUAAAAGAGUACAUGUUCUUCCCAUAGAUGACACUGUAGAGGGCCUCACAGGAAACCUCUUUGAAGUUUAUUUGAAACCAUACUUCCUUGAGGCAUACAGACCACUGAAGAAAGGUGAUGUGUUCAUUGUCAGGGGUGGAAUGAGAGCUGUCGAGUUCAAAGUUAUUGAAACAGAUCCCAGUCCAUAUUGUAUUGUAGCCCCUGACACUGUAAUACAUUGUGAAGGAGAACCCGUAAAGAGAGAGGAUGUUGAAGACAGUUUGAAUGAAGUUGGUUAUGAUGAUAUUGGAGGCUGUCGCAAACAGUUAGCACAGAUCAAAGAGAUGGUGGAGCUGCCAUUACGACACCCACAGUUGUUUAAAGCCAUAGGUGUGAAGCCUCCUAGAGGUAUCCUCCUUUAUGGACCACCAGGAACGGGAAAGACACUCAUAGCAAGAGCUGUGGCCAAUGAAACUGGAGCAUUUUUCUUCCUUAUAAAUGGUCCUGAGAUCAUGAGCAAACUUGCUGGCGAGUCUGAGAGUAACCUAAGGAAGGCAUUUGAAGAGGCAGAGAAAAAUUCACCAGCUAUUAUAUUUAUUGAUGAGUUGGAUGCUAUUGCACCAAAAAGAGAAAAGACACAUGGUGAAGUUGAGAGGAGAAUUGUAUCCCAGCUGUUGACAUUGAUGGAUGGAUUGAAACAAAGAUCUCAUGUUAUAGUCAUGGCAGCCACAAACAGACCCAAUAGUAUAGAUGGGGCUCUUCGACGAUUUGGUCGAUUUGAUCGUGAAGUGGAUAUUGGUAUUCCUGAUGCCACUGGAAGACUUGAAAUUCUACGCAUCCACACAAAGAAUAUGAAGUUGGCAGAGGAUGUUGAUUUAGAACAGGUAGCAUCAGAAACUCAUGGUCAUGUUGGAGCAGAUCUCGCUGCUCUUUGUUCAGAAGCUGCUUUACAACAAAUCAGAGAAAAGAUGGACUUAAUAGAUUUAGAGGAUGAAUCAAUUGACGCAGAGGUCCUAGAUACACUUGCAGUAACACAAGAAGAUUUUAGGUGGGCUUUGAGCAAGAGUAACCCAAGUGCUCUGAGAGAGACAUCAGUAGAAGUACCAAAUGUCAGCUGGGAGGAUAUUGGUGGUCUAGAGAAUGUCAAGAAAGAGUUGCAAGAGUUGGUGCAGUAUCCAGUGGAGCAUCCAGACAAAUUCAUGAAGUUUGGCAUGACCCCCAGCAAGGGAGUGCUCUUCUAUGGGCCACCAGGUUGUGGUAAAACCCUUCUAGCCAAGGCCAUUGCCAAUGAGUGCCAGGCUAACUUCAUCUCAAUCAAAGGUCCAGAAUUGUUAACUAUGUGGUUUGGUGAAUCAGAAGCCAAUGUGAGAGACAUUUUUGACAAAGCAAGAUCAGCAGCUCCAUGUGUGCUGUUCUUUGAUGAAUUGGAUUCUAUUGCCAAAUCUAGGGGAGGAAAUGUUGGAGAUGGAGGCGGUGCAGCUGAUCGUGUCAUCAACCAGUUACUCACAGAGAUGGAUGGUAUGAGCUCCAAGAAAAAUGUCUUUAUCAUUGGUGCAACUAACAGACCUGACAUCAUAGAUCCCGCCAUAUUGAGACCUGGACGUCUGGAUCAACUCAUUUAUAUCCCACUUCCUGAUGAUAAAUCCAGAGUGAACAUUCUCAAGGCCAAUCUGAGGAAAUCUCCAGUCGCAGAGGACAUUGAUCUUGAGUUCCUGGCCAAGAUGACCCAUGGGUUCAGUGGAGCUGACUUGACUGAGAUCUGUCAACGUGCUUGUAAGUUGGCCAUCAGGGAAUGCAUCGAGGCAGAAAUCAAGAAGGAAAGGGAAAGAGCUGAUAACCCAGAUGCAGAUAUGGAAGUUGAAGACUUUGACCCAGUGCCAGAGAUAUCACGUCUCCACUUUGAAGAGGCAAUGAAGUUUGCCCGCAGAUCAGUCACUGACAAUGAUAUCAGAAAAUAUGAGAUGUUCGCUCAGACCCUACAACAGAGCAGGGGCUUUGGCACUAACUUCAGGUUCCCCAGUCAAGCUGGAGGCAGUGGGGGUGGCGCGGGACCUAGCCAACCAGCAGGGGGCAGCGGAGGUGACAGCAGCCAGUUCCAGGAUGAUGGAGACGAUGACCUGUACAGUUAAACAGUGACUUUUGUAAUAAUGGCAUAUGAUACGUGAAUCUAGAUCACAUGACUUACUCAUGUUAAACACUCAUGUUAGACACUCAUUCCAUGUUAUUGAUACACCCAAAUACCACACUGUUGGACAGAAUUCAAAUCUAAGACAAUUUCAGGAAAAGACAAUAAAUCUUUGAGGAAAAAUAAUAUUUUGAUAGAAGUGGGUGUUAUUUGUUGAUCAGAUGGCUGUGUGGUUUACACCCUGUUCAUGGAAUAACACCCACAAUUGUGUACAUUUUGCACUGAUGUAAAUUCAUUUUCUAUGUUUAGAGUUCAUGUAUGAUCAGAUGAUCCUUGCAAUAAUUCAUUUUUUACAACAACAAAAUGAAAAUCAACCAAAAUAAAUAUUUAUAAUAUCUAUCUAUGUACUCGAUUUUUGAUUGAUCUUUGUUUUGGGAGUAAUUUAUUGAUGAAGUAAUUUGCCAAUUUUUCCCCACGUCAUUAACAUUUUUACCAUACAAAAUGCCCAUAUUUUCGAGAAAGAUCCAAUUAAAAUUGGUUCAUAGUCUUGCAUUAAGCUCCUGUAUCCCUUACUCCCUCUUACACUCCUUGGGAACAACUAGGGGGAUUACCUUAGAUUUGAUGCAAGACUCUUGAUUGAGUAGUGAGUAAAAUGUGAAGUUGUAUAACAGAUAAAGUGCUUUAUAAUUGAUAAUGGAUCAGGCCUUGGUGUUGUGUUAUUAGUUUAUGUGCAAAGGGGUUUUAUCUAUAUGUAUUUACAAUAAUUCUAUGUUGAUUUUUGUUUGUUUUAUUUAUAUUAAUUUAGUGUUUAGAGUUCUUAAUGUACACAAUAGUUGAAUUGAUAUGCCAUGUUAGCUGUUUACAAAUCUAAGAUGAUAGCAUUGUACCUAUUCCCACAAGAACUCUUAAAAGUGACUAAAAAGUUUGCAAACAUUCUCUGUAUAUAAAAUGUGAGAAAGGGAGCAUGAAUUCAUAUGUGUAAACAGUAUAAUAUUAAGAAAUAAAAAAAUAGAAAAUAAUGCAUUUACAUUGUGAAGUUGCAUUAAAUCUUCAAGAUGGAAUGUCAAGUUGAAUCACCUCCAACCCCAGUAUUGAGUAUAGUAAUAGGGACUCACGUCAUAUAGGGUGGUAUAAUGUAUUGCUUAGGUUAUAUGUGCCCUAAAAAGAAGAUGGAUUUAAAUUUGUAAGCAUAUUUAUGAAAGAAAAUGAAAG